AUGAACAUAUCGAAUGUGAGCAAGGCAAAGCUUCUUCUUCCACUGAUACCCAAACUCAAUCGCUCGCUGUAUUCUCAUUCUCAGCGACGAACUCGUUCCCUUCCUCAUCACAGAGACAAACCCAUCAACUGGAACUCCACCCACAGCUUCGUUCUCCAAAACCCUCUCCUUUCGCUGCUCGAGAAAUGCAAAUCCUUGCUCCACUUGAAGCAGAUUCAAGCUCAGAUGAUAAUCACCGGGUUGAUUCUAGAUGCGUUCGCGUCAAGCCGGUUAAUCGCCUUCUGCGCAUUGUCAGAAUCUCGGUACCUCGAUUACUGCGUGAAGCUUCUGAAAGGUAUCGAGAACGCUAACGCAUUCUCAUGGAACGUGACGAUCAGAGGAUUCUCCGAGAGCGAGAAUCCGAAAGAAGCGGUUUUGCUCUACAAGCAGAUGCUGAGACAUUGCGAUUCAAAGCCAGAUCAUUUCACUUACCCAGUUUUGCUCAAGGUUUGUGCUGAUCUCGCGUUGAGUAGAUUAGGUCAUAUGAUUCUGGCUCAUGUUCUUCAGGUGAGAUUGGAAUUGGUUAGUCAUGUGCACAACGCUUCGAUUCAUAUGUUUGCUUCUUGUGGUGAGAUGGAGAAUGCGAGGAAAGUGUUCGAUGAAAGUCCUGUGAGAGAUUUGGUUUCUUGGAACUGUUUGAUUAAUGGGUAUAAGAAGACUGGUGAGGGAGAGAAAGCGAUUGCGGUUUAUAAGGAAAUGGAAUCUGAAGGAGUGAAGCCAGAUGAUGUGACUAUGAUUGGGUUGGUUUCUUCUUGUGCAAUGUUGGGAAGUUUGAGUCUUGGGAGAGAGUUUUAUGAAUACAUCAAAGCAAAUGGACUGAGGAUGACAGUUCCUCUUGCAAAUGCUCUGAUGGAUAUGUUCUCGAAAUGCGGAGAUGUUCACGAGGCGAGGAGAGUGUUUGAUAAGCUGGAGAAGAGAACAAUCGUGUCGUGGACUACGAUGAUUUCAGGCUAUGCGAGAUGUGGUCUGCUUGAUGUUUCAAGGGAGAUUUUCGAUGGUAUUGAAGAGAAAGAUGUUGUGCUGUGGAAUGCUAUGAUCGGUGGAUCAGUCCACGCCAAGCGUGGUCAAGACGCUUUGGCGUUGUUCCAAGAGAUGCAAACGAGUAGCGUCAAGCCUGAUGAGAUCACAAUGAUUCAUUGCCUCUCUGCGUGUUCUCACCUUGGUGCUCUUGAUGUAGGUGUUUGGAUUCACCGUUACAUCGAGAAACAUGGGCUUAGUCUCAACGUUGCUUUAGGAACUUCAUUGGUCGAUAUGUAUGCCAAAUGUGGUAACAUCUCAGAAGCUCGCAGUGUUUUCCAUGGAAUGCAGAGGAGAAACUCGCUUACGUACACAGCGAUGAUCGGAGGCUUGGCUCUUCAUGGAGAUGCAUCCUCUGCUAUAUCAUACUUCAACGAAAUGAUUGACACAGGGGUAGCUCCGGAUGAGAUCACUUUCUUAGGGUUGCUAUCAGCUUGUUGCCACGCAGGAAUGGUCCAAACGGGUCGUGAUUAUUUCUCUCAGAUGAAGUCUAGAUUCAAGCUAAAUCCCCAAUUGAAACAUUACUCUGUAAUGGUGGACCUUUUGGGAAGAGCCGGGCUACUAGAAGAAGCAGAGAAGCUCAUGGAAAGCAUGCCAAUGGAGGCAGAUGCUGCGGUUUGGGGAGCUUUGUUAUUCGGUUGCAGGAUGCACGGAAACGUUGAAAUGGGAGAGAAAGCGGCUAAGAGGCUUUUAGAGCUUGAUCCCGGUGACAGUGGGAUCUAUGUGUUGUUGGAUGGUAUGUAUGGAAAGGCUAAUAUGUGGGAAGAUGCAAAGAGAGCGAGAGGGAUGAUGAAGGAGAGAGGCGUAGAGAAGACUCCUGGUUGUAGUUCUAUUGAGGUUAACGGAGUUGUAUCUGAGUUCAUUGUUAGGGAUAAAUCGAAACCGGGAUAUGAGAAGAUCUAUGAUUGCUUACAUUGUCUUGGAAGACAUAUGGGAAGCUCGUUUGAGUGUACUUUAGAGCCACAUUAG